GAUGCCGGUAGCGCGUCGGUUCCCUGGCUUAGAGCUCUCCUUUCCUCUCCUGGCCAGACUGCGGCGACGUUUGUACACAAGGCUGGGAAGCAGCAGCAUGCAGCCAGAGGAGGGCACAGGCUGGCUGCUGGAGCUUCUGUCUGAAGUGCAACUACAGCAGUACUUCCUGCGGCUCCGCGAUGACCUCAAUGUUACUCGCCUAUCCCAUUUUGAAUAUGUCAAGAACGAGGACCUGGAAAAGAUCGGCAUGGGCCGGCCUGGCCAGCGGCGGCUGUGGGAGGCUGUGAAGAGGAGGAAGGCUAUGUACAAACGCAAGUCAUGGAUGAGCAAGGUGUUCAGUGGAAAGCGGCUGGAGGCUGAGUUUCCCCCUCAUCACUCUCAGAGCACUUUCCAGAAGCCUUUGCCCACCACUGGUGGCCCAGCAGGUGAGGGGGCCCUGCAGAGCCUCACCUGCCUCAUUGGGGAAAAGGACCUGCGCCUCCUGGAGAAGCUAGGAGAUGGCUCAUUUGGUGUGGUGCGCAGGGGUGAGUGGGAUGCCCCUGCGGGGAAAACGGUGAGUGUGGCUGUGAAGUGCCUGAAGCCUGAUGUGCUGAGCCAGCCAGAGGCCAUGGACGACUUCAUCCGGGAGGUCAAUGCCAUGCAUUCCCUUGACCACAGAAAUCUUAUUCGUCUCUAUGGGGUGGUACUCACACCACCCAUGAAGAUGGUGAGUGUGAUGGCAGAAAGGGAGUGUGAAGGGUGUGCCCCUGAAAGCCUGAAGACACGGACUUUUUCCCAUGCCAGCGAUACCUGGAUGUUUGGAGUCACAUUGUGGGAGAUGUUCACCUAUGGCCAGGAGCCCUGGAUUGGCCUCAAUGGUAGCCAGAUUCUGCAUAAGAUUGAUAAAGAAGGGGAGCGCCUGCCUCGGCCCGAAGACUGCCCUCAGGAUAUCUACAAUGUCAUGGUCCAGUGCUGGGCUCACAAGCCAGAGGACAGACCCACAUUUGUGGCCCUUCGGGAUUUCUUGCUGGAGGCCCAGCCUACCGACAUGCGUGCCCUUCAGGACUUUGAGGAACCAGACAAGCUGCACAUCCAGAUGAAUGAUGUCAUCACCGUCAUUGAGGGAAGGCUGUAUCUGGGGAACCCUAUGGACCCUCCUGACCUGCUAAGCGUGGAGCUGAGCGCCUCCCGAGCCUCCCAGCAUCUAGGAAGAGUGAAAAAACCUACCUAUGAUCCUGUGAGUGAAGACCAAGACCCGCUGUCCAGCGACUUCAAGAGGCUGGGCUUGCGGAAGCCAGGUCUGCCCCGAGGGCUGUGGCUAGCAAAGCCCUCUGCCCGCGUCUCUGGCACCAAGGCAGGUCGAAGUAGCGGGAGUGAGGUGACGCUCAUUGACUUUGGGGAGGAGCCUGUGGUCCCCGUGCCACGGCCCUGUGCGCCCUCCCUAGCACAGCUGGCCAUGGAUGCCUGCUCCCUGCUGGACAAGACACCACCGCAGAGCCCCACGCGAGCGUUACCACGACCUCUGCACCCCACACCCGUGGUGGAUUGGGAUGCACGCCCACUGCCUCCACCCCCUGCUUAUGAUGAUGUGGCUCAAGACGAGGAUGACUUCGAGGUCUGCUCCAUCAACAGCACCCUGGUGGGCGCAGGGCUCCCUGCUGGGCCCAGCCAGGGCGAGACCAAUUACGCCUUUGUGCCCGAGCAGGCACCGCUGCCCCCUGCCCUGGAGGACAACCUGUUCCUCCCACCCCAGGGUGGGGGCAAGCCACCCAACUCAGCCCAGACCGCAGAGAUUUUCCAGGCCCUGCAGCAGGAGUGUAUGCGACAGCUGCAGGUCCCCACUGGCUCCCUGGCGCCCUCACCCAGCCCGGGGACUGAUGACAAGCCGCAGGUGCCCCCCCGGGUGCCCAUCCCCCCUCGGCCCACGCGGCCACGUGUGGAGCUCUCUCCAGCCCCCGUGGGUGAGGAAGAGCCAGGUCGGUGGCCUGGGCCCGCCUCUCCUCCCCGGGUACCGCCCCGGGAGCCCCUGUCCCCUCAAGGCUCCAGGACCCCCAGCCCCCUAGUGCUGCCUGGCAGCUCCCCGCCGUCACUCCGCCUCUCAAGCUCGCCCGGGAAAACAAUGCCUACCACCCAGAGCUUUGCCUCAGACCCCAAGUACGCCGCGCCCCAGGUGAUCCAGGCUCCCGGCCCACGGGCUGGCCCCUGCAUCUUGCCCAUUGUCCGAGAUGGCAAGAAGGUCAGCAACACCCACUACUAUCUGCUGCCUGAGCGCCCUCCCUACCUGGAGCGCUACCAGCGUUUUCUGCGUGAGGCCCAGAGCCCCGAAGAGCCAGCUGCCCUGCCUGUGCCCCUGUUGCUUCCCCCACCCAACACCCCAGCCCCUGCUGCCCCCACUGCCACCGUUAGGCCAAUGCCCCAGGCUUCCCCAGACCCCAAGGCCAACUUCUCCACCAACAACAGCAACCCAGGGGCCCGACCACCAGCCCUGAGGGCCACUGCUCGGCUGCCACAGAGGGGCUGCCCUGGGGAUGGGCCAGAGGCUGGACGGCCAGCAGACAAGGUCCAGAUGGUGGAGCAGCUCUUUGGGCUAGGUCUACGGCCACGGGUGGAGUGCCACAAAGUGCUGGAAAUGUUUGACUGGAACCUGGAGCAAGCUGGCUGCCACCUUCUGGGUUCCUGCGGUCCUGCCCACCACAAGUGA